UGAGAGCAUGUUUCAUUUAAGAUUGCAUGUGAUGCACGGAAGAGAGAGGGUGUGUGUGAGAGUGUGAGUGAGUGAGAGAGCAAUCACAUUCACACAGGGAGGAUUUUGGUGAUGCGCUCGCUGUUCAUUUCAGCACCACAAACCAGCUUCUGAGAGCAGAAAGAAGAUGCUUCUGAAGAUGUGAGAGUUUUGGAGCUUGAUUUGUAAAAGGCUCUUGUUUGACAUUUUUGCGUCUCCUUAUAUCACCUGUUACCAGUCACAUGGCAUGUACGCCAGACAUUUUUGCCCCAUGAAAAAUUCCUGUGGUCACACUUUAAAUGGUCAGAAGGCACAACUUCAGUUUUGAAAUGGGCAUGGACGGUACCGUCCAUCUGCUGCCCCAUUAGUCUUCAGUCCCACCACCUGGAGUUUUUGGACCUUCAUUUCCUCACAUUGUCCCCAACGUACCACUGGAUAUGGAUCUUGUACGCUUAAGUUGGAAUCAAUACCAGAUCCUCGUCUUCCUCUGCUACUGGUUGCCAGUCUCCCUCCAGCGAGUUGAGACACCACCUGUUGAGUAUGCCCACUCUAUCCGUCUAGAUGGCGACAUCAUCCUGGGUGGCCUGUUUCCGGUUCACUCCCGGGGUGAGCGUGGCAUUCCCUGCGGGGAGUUAAAGAAGGAGAAGGGUAUACACAGACUGGAGGCAAUGCUUUUUGCCAUUGACCUCAUCAACAAAGACCCAGAGCUGCUGCCCAACGUGACGCUGGGGGCCCGUAUCCUGGACACCUGCUCGCGGGACACCUACGCCCUGGAGCAGUCGCUUACUUUUGUACAAGCUCUCAUUGAGCGUGACGGUUCGGAUGUACGCUGUGCCAAUGGAGACCAGCCCAUAUUUGCCAAGCCAGAUAAAAUCGUUGGAGUCAUUGGUGCGGCCGCCAGCUCUGUCUCCAUCAUGGUUGCCAACAUCUUGAGGCUUUUUAAGAUUCCUCAGAUCAGCUAUGCAUCCACAGCUCCAGAGCUGAGCGAUAACACCCGCUACGACUUUUUUUCCCGCGUCGUUCCGCCGGAUUCCUACCAGGCACAGGCCAUGCUGGAUAUUGUCACGGCGAUGGGCUGGAACUUUGUCUCCACGCUGGCUUCUGAAGGGAACUACGGGGAAAGCGGCGUCGAAGCAUUCGUGCAGAUCUCCAGAGAGAUGGGAGUUUGGGAGCCAGAGUGCUCUCAGUUGAGUCUUCAGCUGUUUUCUGUUCAUUCAGUGGAUGUUGACAUUGGCAAAGGUGAUGUCAAUCGACCGGCGGGACCAAGUCCAUUGAUCCUGCUGCAAGUGGACUCUGUUCUCCUUAACGAGCUCAGACAACUUUACUGUUCAGGAAAGACAAAUGCCACAGAGGCUUCCCACCUGCCAGGCUGGAUGAGCCGAGCCCAGAUCUGCUCCGAAACGGCAGCUGGCGGCUGUGGAAAUGCGUCCAUCCCUGCUGCUAAAGUGCACAGUUCCUGUCUCAGGAGUGUUUCUCUGCUCGGGGUUAAGAUCUGUCACCCCACAGGGAAAGACGCUGUCCCGUGCUUCCCGUCAGGGCUUUUGUGGACUGUGAUGGAAACCUUUGACCGAGCCUCUCGCUCUUUAAGACUUCAGAGACGUCAUGACAAGAGUUGUCCUGACAUCUGA